UAAGCAGCGGGGACCUUAACACCAUCCUGCAUGCUUCUGGUGGAGAAGAGAGGCUGCCUGCACAGCAGACACCGGGCUGCAGCGGAUAUAUGUGACGCUUUAUUGACACAUGAAAGCAGAGCUCAUCUUCCUCAAGCAGCAGACAUUUCCAGGAUGUGUGAUGUGGACAUGUCCUCAGAGCCCACCAGUCCCACCUUGUACAGUGAGUCUUCAGACAAGUACUACCAUGUGGACCGCUGGCAGAAACUCCGCACAGCUCUGCGCAAACUGGAAUUCUGGGAAAACUUCCGAGCUGAACUUAUUGGGAGUGGUUUCUUCUCCAGAGUCUACAAGGUGAUGCAUAGCACUACUCAGAAGGUGAUGGUAGUGAAGAUCUACAAAAAUGAUGUUGACCAAGACAGCAUUGUACGGGAGAUCAGCCUGCUGCAGAAGCUCUCCCACCCCAACGUUGUCAGAUAUCUGGGUAUCUGUGUGAAAGAAGACAAACUGUACCCGAUCUUAGAGUACAGCUACAGGGAGAAUUCUCUUCAUCUACAUACCAUACAGCAGCUGGCUGCUAUCUCCAGCAGAUGCUGCGGGCAGUCAGGGACCAGCUUACUGAAGGCCUUCACAUCCAGCCCAUAGUCUUGAAAUUCACCAUCAUCAAUAUUCACUUCACUAUGGGCAGUAAAAUUUUUACUUAGUACACCAUAUCUUUGUCAUAUAUAAAUUGGUUGCUUUUUACAAAGUAGUGUACAGAUGUGCCAUUGGAUGACAAAUGCAGGCAGGUUGUUCCUGAUCUCUACCUUGGUUCUGGGGAGGAUCUCUGGGUCAGCCGGGAUUCUGGCCAAUAUUUCACAGAGAACAAUGCCAAAGGAGAAAACAUCUACCUGAAAUAAGUAGGAAACCCAUUUCUUUUAGAAAACAUAAAUAUCCAGAUUUUCAUGUAAUCUGGGAGUAUUAAAUUUCACUUUUACUGACAUUUUACAUUUAAAACAAGGAUCAGUAUUUUCUUUCUUUCAAGGUCACAUGCUUUACCUUCCAGCACACAGAACUAAAUAUAAUUUCUGGCAAAUGACUGAGGACAAACCAGGACUUGCCUUGCGGUCAUAGGGUUCUCCUCGGAGCAUCUCAGGAGCCAUCCAGAAGGCUGAGCCCACCAAGGACAACUUCCUGGCAGGAUCUUUCACAGGCAGCUCCACCACUUCUCUCGCCAGCCCGAAAUCCGUCACCAAGGCCUCCCAUCCGCGAGGCGUCACCCGAAUCAGACAGUUCUGGAGGGACACACGUGGAAAGGACUGCAAAGUGAGAAAUUGACAGCAGGGGGCAGCAUGAAGAAAAAAAAAAUAUAUAGAAAAAUAAAAGCUUUAUAGGCUCAUUAUGUCAUCUAUGUUUUAACUCUAGAGAGGCAGAUCUUUUCACAUGCUUCAGCUGUGUUUCAUGGAACAACUUUAGCUUUUCCUGUCAUUACAGGGUAAAUGAGACUGCCAGCACCUUUCAAGCACACUAAAUAAUUACACUGGAACUGUGUGGAACAAGGUAGCCUCCAAUAUACUGAUAAGGUGGUACAAACCAAAAUCUUUCAUCAUGCAUUUGCUCUUUAAUAAAAAGCAAUCACUUUUAAUGGAAAACAGAACCCGGAAUGUUUACAGCAUGUAAGCAGGAGGUGUGACAACAGAGAAAUGCAGGACGUGGGAGAGCUGCUUAGAGAUAUCAUUGCAUAACAUUCAGUUGUCCCAAAUAUGUGUGUAAUGUCUAAUUGAAGUUUUCUAUCAGGAUUGAUGGGUGAAAGCGGGUUUGCAUGGAGUUCCCUGUGUGGCUAUAUGUACAAGUGACAUCUUUGCAGUCUGACUCAUUCUCCAACAAACCUCUUCCCUCCAGUAACCUUUCAUUACGAGGCCUUCCUAGGGAAAAACUUCAAUUUAAGACCUACGUUUUAAAUUUAGCAGUGUCAUUUAUUCCUUUCUUUGGCAGCAAAAUCAACAGCUUUAGCGAGGAAAUGGAAAGCUCUGCAGACACAAGGAGAAAACCCCAAAAAAGCUCUAAAUAGAACAACGUACUUUUCACUUUCAUUCUCUACAUUACAUCUACAUUAGUCUACAUUGUUUCAGGGACCAUUUCAACAUCAUUGACAUUUUGGAGGUUAGAAAUACUCUUCUCUGAAACUUAACAUGUUCACCAGAUUAUGAUUGGGGCAGGAGAAUUUUCAUCCUUAUUGGACCUGACAGACGACUAGGUUUAUUUAUAUUUUUUAUCAAUAAAAGCACCAUAUUUAAGCUUUUUUAGGUCUCAAUAAUUACAUUCUUUAGUGUGGAUGCACCUACUGAGUAAAAAAGACUCCAGGUUAGCUAUUUUCACUAUCAGUGUCAGAAGAAAAGUCUCAAGUCAAAGGUGGAGAUUCUCAAGGAAAUACACACGAAGUUUGCGGUUUCACUAAUGCUAACCAUGCUUACCACACUAAUAAAUAAUAUAAGAUACUAAAGUCAGUUUAAAAUGUCAACUCUGUAAUUUUGUCUGUUUUAAAACAACAGUAAAACAGCAACUAACACAUUGUGACAUUACCCUGAUCCAAAUGUAAAUGAUUAAUAGCUUAUCUCAGCAGGUAGGCAAAAUAAUUUGAGAAAAAUUAUUUUCAGGCAGAUGUCAAAGUUCUGCUCAAAAUAAUUGCAGGCCAGCAUCAACAGCCAGAUCAAUCACUGUUUUUGACGUUAUAUUUCUAUAGUAGAGUAACACGAAACCAACAGACCCAAAAGUCAUAGCUGUAGGUGUCAUAAAUAACAGGAUGGGCACAAACUGCUACAAUACGUUUAUCCUCCAUCUUCUUCCACCACUUUGUGGGAUUUCCUGGGAUCUUCGUCACAUGAUAAAAUACGUCACUACGUCAGAAAGCUAAGCUUCUCUGUUUGGUUGACAAAGGUUCAGGUUUCCCAACUCAAGCGUCUGCCGCUUUGGUCGCGCGAAACACACGUCAGAAAUCUCAUAAUGGUGCGUUCACACCGAAUGCGGAUUCUGCAAAUUUUUCACCUCAUUUAUGUGCUUUUGCCCGCUUGACAUUCCGCGUCAACGCUGCGU